AGUGAAAGUGUUGAGGAGCAGGAAAUAGUAACACGAAGUAAAGUAAAGAAAAACUUCUUGCUCUCCUAAACACAGUGAGUCGAGGGUAAAUACUCUCAACUGCUUGGUCCUCAGAUUUGAAUAAUUAUCUUUCUGCAUUCUUUAACCAGGCAGAAUUUAAGAAAUAUGUCUCUGAGGUGUGUUGGGGCUGCGAGCUGCUUUUGUGGGGGUAAAGGCCAAACGGUGAGAAGCAGAGAGAGAUGAAAAAGGGCUAUAACUCAAGUUUCAAGCAGAAACUGGAUCCUGCAGCAGAGUGAGAUCGCAGCUUCGGACACAUAUACCUGUCUGUUCCACGGAGUGGUGAAGAGGAGGAGACUUAAAUUAUGAGAAUUAACUGAAACACGAGGACGUUCUGCACAUCUGGCAACAACUGGAUGUCAUAGUGUGUCAGAGAGAGAGAGAGUAGGAGUUGGGGCGUGUGUUGGAGUGUAAAGAUACGACAGCUUUCCACGAAUACGGAGUCUUUAAACUCAGCACUGGACCUGCCACACUCUCUUCCUAAUUAUAUUACAGCUGCAAGGCAAGGGUGGAGAGAGCAUCAGAGAAAGUAGGAGAGAGUGAGGGGGGAGAAGAAAUAAGGAGAAAAGAGCGGGGCAGUGGCACAGAGUGGAGAGGCGAGAGAAGAAUCUGGUAUUCAAACUAGAUCGGAGAAGGACUUCCUGCUGACAACUGAAGCAUCAUCAUCAUUUCAAAGUCAAAAAGGGGGGGAGUGUCUGUCUGCUCAUUAUGGCCCCUCCCUCUCUGUUGAUGCUGCUGAUGGUGGUUACCAUGGCAACUGGGGCCCGUUCAGCCAGCGAGGAGAAUGAACUGGAUUAUGGGUACUGGAACUAUAGAGAGGGAGCUGAUAGUGUGAAUGUAGCCUCAGUGCGCAGCGUCACCAGAGUUUUAGACGCCUGGGGAAAACGCAUCUUCCGUGAGAUCAAGACUUUACUGCACUCUCAGCCCAGCACACUGCUGCCUGACUAUUCCAGGGUGCGCCCUCUAUCCGAGUCCGUCAACGAUCUGUUCAGAGAAGUCUCCCUGCUGCGCAGGCGCAUCACCGAACUCUCUCAUCGCCUAGCAACCCUGGAACCGUUCCUCCGUCACCACGGCUACCGGGAGGUGGAGGAGGGGGAGGCUCUGGCACCUUCAAGCCUGAGAGGAGAGGUGGCGAGCUUGGCCCGGUACACCCCGAGGACCUCGGCCAGGGCGAGCCCACCGAGGGGGAGCCGGGUGGUGAGGAGGAGACGGGUGAGGGUCCUGAACAACGGAGCAGGAGUGAAGCUGGUGCAGAGAGAGAGAUAGAUACAGUGAUGGAGGGAGGCUGGUGUCGGUGUGUGACACACAGAGAGCUUCUGAAUCUAUCAGGCUUAUAUGAUGUAAGAAAUGCAUUUUUAUGUGUUAGGAUUUCAUUUUGAUAAAAUAACAUAAAGACAUAUAUGACAAUGAAACACAGACACUGUUCUGUGAGAUCAGAGAUUAUGAUUAUUGUUUGUAUUAGCAGAUAAAUAAAUCAUAUCUUUAAUAAAUACUUUUAAUGAU